UCAUUUCCUAUCUCAUCCACACCCUUCGUCUCAAUGGCCGAUGACAUGCCCCACGAUGUCCCCUCCGCUACUGUCCGCCUUAUAGCUUCGGUUCCCCUUCUUCCUGUCACGUACGAUACAGAUUACCACGCAGGUGUCAGCCAAACAUCAGCCAAGAAUCGAAACGCGUACUUACAGCCUUUUCGACGUGCGGUCUGUCAACAUGACCCCGGGCUGCUCCGCCAGAUCUUCCACAACAACGUGUAUCCGGUCCCAGAUGCCGAUCUGGAUCUGUCCAUCGCAAACGAGGCGGCCGUUCUUAUCCGUAGACAUGGCGCAGAGCGCCACCAUCGCAAUCUACCGGGCGAGAUCGGCCUGCAGAGAUUGAUCGCCACCUUCCUGACCAGUAUAUGCGAGUCACUGGGAGAGAGGUCGUCCGAACCUCAAAUGCUCUCGCGUUUGUGGGAUUUUGACAGCCUCCGAGGCAUUUGCACCGACAUCAUCCUACGAACCAACUUGACUCCGAACACAACGAUUGUUGGCAUCGAGGUGACAUCCAGCCCAGAGCUGUCGGUGGAAGAGAUGAAGAUGCUCGUUGAAGCAGUCCGUCUUCGUUUGGUGUCGGUAGGGCAUGACAUGAACGGUAACCUGAUCGUGAAAAUUGAUUGGGACCGUAUGCCGGCAAUGUACCAGCCCACUAGGCGGAACGACCGAGAUCACCAAAAGCGGGUUUGCGCUAUCCUCGGCCAGGUUAUGUGUUAUCUCGUCAAGUACCAUAGCAACCACGGCGUCAUUACGAAUUAUGAGGCGUGGAUUGCCCUUCACGUAACCGGAACGCGCGACAAUCCCAUCCUACAGGUCUCGGAUGUACUCUACAGAGAGGAUCAACCGACGGAAGACUCCCCUUGGUCCUCUCCGUUGGGAUUACUUCUAUGCUAUCACUUCCUCCGAGACCCAGGAGAAAUUGUUCUACCCGCCGUGUCCAAGCCAAGAACAGCCGCCAAACAAGGGGUCUCACGAGGACGCCGUCCGAGGGGCACAGGCGGUCCUGCCAAGAUGCGAUCGUCGCAGCAUCCUACCCCUCGAUCAGAGGCCGGGCUUCCCAGCAACCGAAUCGGCGAAUCCUUCGAACGGAACGCCCAGCAUGAUGGGACCUGCUCAACUGCCAGUGCUGGCUAUAGUUACGGGCCGCAACAAUCACCUGCGCGGAAUAUGGUCACCCCACCGCUCACUCACUCGUCGACCGGCACUGAUUCCAGUCCAGAACAACCAUCUCCAAACGACAUUCCCAUCAAACGUCCUUUCCAGAUUGAGGGCUUAGGGAUUGAGGGCUUAGGAAGGCAGGACGAACGUGCUCCUUCCGUCAAAGAUAACGUUCUAAGGGGUCUGGGUUCUCAUCCGGCAGGGGUCAGCCUCGUUCUCGACUUUGAUCGCAUACAACUGUCGCAAGCCGUCGUCGGCAAGUGCCGUUUCCUUCACUUGAUGCCGAGCCCCAGUCUUCCCUUCCUAAGGCUAGAUCGACACAAUGAAGCCGGAUAUCUCCGUCAUUCUCUGUCUAACAAGUAUCCCUCCGACGACAUGAUUCUCUCCGAUGCUAUCGAGCACGAUCCUCCCACAUCCGGCUUUGUUGUCAGCGACGGCCUUUCGCAUGACGUUAACGGAUACUCGCUUGCGUCUCAUACGGACAUUUGCUCGACCACGACAAUAAUCUUGGAGGAGCCGUUGGACUCUGGGGCUGUAUGGGACGUUUACUACGCUUCGUCUCCACUCCAGACAUGCGUCGUCAAAGUCUCGGCGCCGGAAGCCUUUCCGGAUGACUCUGAUGAGCCAGUGUAUAUCCGUGCAGAGGCACUGCAGUUGAUCAUGAGGGAGUGGAUGGUUUACAACACGAAGCUCCUCGAUCUACAGGGCACAGUAGUCCCUAGACUGUGGGGGAUGUGGAAAGGCAGCCAACCCCACCCCGACGGCGGCACGAUUGACCUGUACAUCUCCGUGAUGAGCAAUCCGGGCUGCAUGCUGACCUGCAACGAAUCGGACUAUAACGCGGAGUCUGACUGCAACGAAUCGGACCAUAACGCGGAGUCUGACUGCAGCGAAUGGGAAUAUAACGGGGAGUCUGACUGGAGUGUAGAAGAAAAAAUGGUCAUAGUGGCACAGUAUACACGGCUGCAUAACGCCGGUGUGCUCCACGGUGAUGUCUCGCCUAGACAUUGGAUCAGAGCCGCUGGUGUCCCAUCGCCAACAGACUCGACCUCACUGCCGACACCCUCCAUUUUCCUCAUCGACUUUGGAUUGAGCGUGACUAUCGAUAUGCUUGGGAAAGCGGCAUGGGAGCAGAAGACGAGGAAGGAAAUGCAGCUGGUUAGGAGUUUCCUUCACCUUUGAGCGAUGCGUGUGGUGGUAGUCUACGUUUCGAGGCUGUGAAACAGAUUGACCUUAUGUAUAUUCAACGACUAUGACGAUGACCGCAACGCCUGUAAUGAUCAAAGGCAACCUUCGAUAUUCAUGAUGUAUCUUCUCCUGGAUAGUUUGAUACGUAUCUCAUAAGUCACCCAAGGAUCCCCAAACGCAAAAUGAAUGGUCG